UCCAGCUGAGGCUGUACGUCCGCGCAGCAGGACCGACAUGGGAUGGUAUGGGAUGAAGGUAAGGCAUGGCAUGAGGCGGGCCGUUUUGUCCGCUGCAUAGCCAUUGCCGACAUGAAAUCGGUUGCAGAACAUAUAUAUAUACAUAUUCUUAUGCAUAUACACUUAUAUAUGCCUAAUUUGUUGGGUUCAAUAGGUUUUUGAAUUCUGCACUUAACAAUGGCGACUCCCAGAGAGCAUAUUGAGGAGAUUAGAAGAGAUAAAUUUUCCAUAGGUGGGAAAGAAAACCCCCUUACAGAAGAUCUCCAUCAUGCGGUUAAACAUCUCUCAGCAGAACUAUACACUAAGGAUGUGCAUUUUCUAAUGGAACUCAUACAGAAUGCAGAAGACAAUGAGUAUGAACCUGAUGUUGAACCAUCACUGGAAUUUGUGGUAACGAGCAGAGAUGUGACUGGUGUGGGUGCCCCUGCUACCCUUUUGGUGUUUAACAAUGAGAAGGGCUUCACUCCCCGAAACAUUGUAUCCCUCUGCAGUGUUGGACAGUCCACAAAAAAGGGUAAAAGACAGGGAGGUUACAUUGGAGAGAAAGGAAUUGGAUUCAAGAGCGUUUUCUUGGUCACCAGUCAGCCUUAUAUUUUCAGCAAUGGAUACAAAAUUCGAUUCAAUGAAAUCCCUCCAUCUGAUUCUGGGGUCAAAAUUGGGUAUAUUGUUCCAGAAUGGAUCGACAAACCAAAUAUUGAAGAUCUCAAAAGGAUAUAUAGUAGUCAAUCCCAAGGUGAGCUUCCCAAUACUGCUAUAGUUCUCCCUUUACGCCCUGAGAAGGUGGAUGGUGUGAAGGAACAGCUUGCUAACAUUCAUCCAGAAGUCAUUUUGUUUAUGUCUAAAAUCAAAAGACUCUCCGUCCGUGAAGAUGGCCAAAAUCAAAAUCCACGCGUUCAUGCAGUCUGUGUGUCCCAGGAAAUAGCAUUUCAGGAUGUGAAGAAAGAGGGAAGUGAAUCCUUUACUCUCCAUCUAUCGGCAGAGGAAAAUGGGAAAUCUAAUGGGGAAUGCAGUUAUUACAUGUGGAGGCAAAGAUUUCCAGUGAAAUCGAACAACAGGGUAGAGGAGAGAAGCGACAUUGACAAUUGGGUAAUAACACUUGCUUUUCCCCUUGAAGAUCGAGUUACCACAGGCAAUAGGGUAGGUGCUGGUGUUUAUGCCUUUCUUCCCACAGAAAUAGUCACCAACUUGCCCUUCAUAAUUCAAGCAGAUUUUUUGUUAGCAUCUUCGAGGGAAAGUAUUCUUUGGGAUAACAAGUGGAAUCAAGGGAUACUUGACUGCAUUCCCUCAGCAUUUUUGUGAAGCUUU